CUCUUUCCAAAAUGAGAGCCUUUUACUUUAGUCUGGGCUUUGGAAUUUUAUUCGUCUUUUCUCUGACUCUAUGGCUGAUAGUAACUGGUAGAGGAGACUCCAUUACUUCUUUAAGAUGGGGAGUUGCAGUGGUUUUAUCCUUGUCAGUCUCCCUGUAUGGUGUACUGAGGAAAUCACUGGACCCACCUGCUGGUCCAGUGGCUUUUAUUGUAGGAUACACUCUGACAUUAGCCGACUCCUCUCUCUGUGCGUGCAUGAUUGCUUUCUUUCUCUCAUCCUCGAGACUCACGAAAUGGAGGAAAGGAGAGAAAGCUAAAUUUGAGGCCAAGGAAGAUGGAGGGACUGCAAGGGAUUGGAUUCAAGUUUUAUGCAAUGGACUUGCUGCCUGCACAGCAUCACUGUGUUUGCUAUACAUAUCAAGAGAAGGAGGAGGGUUAGUCCUUGGUCCAUUAAUUAUUAAUGCUCCAGCAAUCCUUCGUUUGGCUGGUCUUGGUGCCAUCUCGUGCUGCUGUGGCGACACGUGGGCAUCAGAGAUUGGCUCUGUCCUAGGACUGAGACCCAUACUGAUUACAAAUCUGAGACCAGUACCAAGAGGAACUAACGGUGGAGUCUCCAUACCUGGUCUCCUAGCUAGUGGCAGUGGUGGAUUAUUCAUGGGGACUGUGUAUUAUAUAACUCAGGCUCUCUCAACUUAUGAAUACUCAUCAGAGUCACAAUCCACUCCACAGUGGAUUGUGAUACCAUUAGGAUUAAUGGGAGGAUUGUUUGGUUCACUAAUAGACUCAGUUUUAGGUGCUACACUCCAGUAUACCGGCUAUGAUGAGAAUAAAGGAGUGAUUAUACACUGUCCAGGGGAGAAAGGGACCAAGCAUAUCUCUGGGUAUAACAUUUUGAGCAAUAAUGGAGUCAAUCUAGUAUCAUCAUGUCUCACUGCUAUUUUGAUCCCAUUCAUUGCAGUACUCCUAACUUAAGACCAGUAUUAUUAUUAUUAUCAUUAUUAUUAUUCAAUUGAAUAUAUCUUUGAUAUUUUGUUCGCAAACAUCAA